AUGCCAUUAGUUGAUGGCAAUGCCAUCGCUGGGGUCGCGCUGGACUCGGUUCAUUUUAUGUUAACGAUCGCGAUUUUGAUUGCAACGGUGACAUUGGUUUCAAUAUGUGCUUGCUGUGGAACUAAAGAAAAGGAAAGCAAAGAUCAAGAUGAAUGCGAUUAUGGGGUUGUCGCCGCACCAUCAAAGGAUAAUACAACUAUCGAAAGUGGGCCGAGCCGAACAAUAAACAUCCGAUCCAUCACAAAAGCAGUUAGGAACCAUGACCGACAUUCUCAGCCUGUUGGGACAAAGAACGCAUUUAGCUCAAAUCGACAAUCAGCCCCGGGUAGAGCUCUUCCUCAACUUCCCGCUGAUCUUUAUACCCCGAUCGACAAAAAACGCGACAAAGAUGACAUUCGAUUCGUCGAUGAGACAAUAAAUCCAAUGUAUGAAUGUAUCGACGCGGAAACUGAUUCAUUUGUUGAUCCAUUGUACUCGAAAGUCGGAGAAGUUCGCGGGAAUCCAAACGGCACACGUGAUCGCCGAUAUGACUAUCCAAUUUUUCCGGGACGUCAAACUGGUCAGCCAAGACCAUCUCAGGAUGAUACGUUAUAUCAAAGUGCUUCACAGAUUUACGCGCCAGGAAGUGAAGAUCCUUACAGCUCGAUUACUUCUGAAAGAGAGCGCAACAUUGCGGCAGCUGAUGGUGAUGGAGACACUAGCAGCGCUUAUGAUCCAGGCUAUGCGAAAGUCACUUCGCAUUCAAAGCCGAAAAAGCAAAAUGGGAAAUCAAGACUGGAAAAGACAGAGAGGGAACUGGAUUUGCUUUACUCAAAGGUAAUUCGACGGCCAACACCUUCAAUGGAUGAUGAUCUACCCGGACCUUCAAGGAUUGACCCGAUUAAUGUUCCACUACCACCAACGGAUCCAAUCCCUCAACCAGUUCCAUAUGAUUCGCAGUCUGUGGCCAGUCGCGAACCUUCUUAUCGCUAUAUCACAAUGAGAGAAAAUGCCGACAGUCUUCGCGAGCGUCUUCGACAAGAAGGCAAGUUAGAUCGUCCGAUUCGUGAGCACUAUUAUUCCACAAUUGGAAAUGAUUAUGAGACGAUAAAUACACCAAAUGCCUCAUAUUCUGGUAGGAACUUCCCACUGCCUGUUCCUGAGCAAAAUCCAGUAUUCCCGAACAAUAGCCUCACUAUUUCUUUGACUCCCAAUGAUGAGGCUCCUCCGCCGCCGACUUCACCAAUUCCUGAUCGUACGUCAUCAAUGGUUUCCAUGGUCGAACCGCCGGAAUUGACAGCGACACCGGUUCCAGCAACACCAGCGUACGCUGUUGUCGUCAAAAAUCGCAAUAAUGGACAUCCAUCGAAUGAAGCUGUUGCUCCACCGCCGCUCAUAUAUACUUCUUUGAACCAUCCAAAUGGUGUAAUUGAUGGCUCUUCGAGACAGGGUGCAAUUGUCGCCCAGAUCAAUGAAUUUGUGAAUCGUCCAACUCUUCCAUACCGCAGCUUGGACACUUUGAUUGGACGAGGAACUGUUGAAGAAAAAGAGGUUAUCGUUGAUACGCGAUCGAGUAUGAUGUCCGGAAUCCCCAGUCAGCCGAGUCCGAAUGGUGCAAUGAGUCGGUCUGUUGACACAAGCUGGGAAGGUCCGACGACAUCUCGAAGAAUCCAUGAAGUUCAUAUUGAAAAGAUCGCCGAAAAUCAUGGUCCGAGCGCUGAUGAAAUUAUCUCGGGUCGCCGAUAUCGAGGUGGACUAUCAUCUGCUGAUGAUGGUCAGAAAGCCGUUCAAAACGGCAUCGAUUUGAAUAAAAAUAGCGUUGACGGAGCUCGAAGCUCCGAUGAUCUUCGUGGGAGCGAGAAAUCGAAGAAGAAUCCUUGGAAAGAAGAAACAGAAGAUGAGAAAAUCAAACGCCUUGGAACGAUCUAUACAGCUAAUGACUACGUGAGCAGCAUCGACAUGAGCAACGACAAGCCUUGGCCGUUGAGCAGUAGAUCGAAUGAGCCUUCAUCCUCAAAAGAAGAAUAA